CUCAACUACCAUCUUCCCUCCUGUGCACGUUCGUCCGAAGCGUCAGACUGCGCGAUGAACAAUGUCUCCGCACCUCGCAUGCCCCCUAGUCGAACGAUAUCAUUGGCGUCGUCGCUGUCAGGCGAUGCUGGCCAUACUGCACCAGUCCAAGGACCCAGACUCCAGGUGAAGCGCGUAACGCUCACGUCGAAGAAGAACUGGUGGAUGGUGGAGAUGGACGAUGAGGAGGAACCGCCGCCAAACCAAUCGACGCGAACUUUUGCUUCUGACGAGACAGUCGAUGUGCUUGCGCCAUAUCACCAUCGCGCGGUCACCCCCACACCACACCGACAAGAGGAAUCACCCGAGCGAGCACCGUCUCCCUUCUACCGUCCACCACGCCACCCAUCGUCGAUUUUCUCAUUCCCUACCCCUACCGCAUAUGCUGCCCCGCCCAACUCCACCGCUGGCCUUGCCACCUUCGCGCAUGGAUCGGCAUCAGAACUCUUCAAGUGCGUUGUUAAGAAGCCCGACAUCGUCCAGCUCGAAGUGAACGGCGAGAUGCAGUCGAACGCGUCCGACGUGACCGUCCAAUUCCUCGCCGAGCUGCGCGUGUACACCACAUUGCCCACCCAUCCCAACAUCUGCGCCUUCCUCGGAUGCCUCGAGAACGUCGGCAUGGUCCUCGAGUACAUCGACGGGCUGACGCUGUAUGACGUCGUCGCGGCCCGUCCGCCGCUGAGCGAGGCGCAGAAGAUUGACUACCACAACCAGCUCCUCCGCGGCCUGACGCACCUGCACGAGUACGGGCUCAGCCACGGCGACCUCUCGCUGCUCAACGUGCAGGUCACGCGUGCCACGAACACCAUCAAGCUCCUCGACUUUGGCCGGUCCGUCUCCUCUGCGUCCACUCUAAGGCCGCCCGACGAUGAGCCGGUGGACCCUUUCGUGGCGCUCUCGCAGCGACAAUCGCCGCAUGCGCCGCUCUCUGCCGCGAUGCCCAAGGUCGAGCAGAUACACCCGGGUACACGGCCCUUCUCGGCGCCCGAGAUCCUGCGCGGGGAGUGCACAGACGCGCUGCUGGCGGACGCGUACAGCUUCGGCAUGAUCCUCGUCUGCCUCGACCGCUGCGAGAGCGUCGACGUGAAGCCUUGGGACCAGCGGAAGGACUUGUUGCCCAAGAACUUCUUCGAGGGCUGCGCCGUGUUUGAGGAGCGCGCCAGGGAAUACCUCAGGAAGUGGAACAUGGACCGAAGACGGCUGGUGAAGGAGGACAUUAUGGACGUCCUCAUGGGUUAAAAAAGUACGUCGUGAUAUCGACCGCAUCCUUGUAUACCCUUUUGUACUUGUGCCCUGCUGUUUGCUCUGUAUUCGUAUCCUUGUUCUUACGCUACGCACAUUGUACAUUAUACCGACACGAACCCCACUCAGUCUCUGUACUCCUACCAUACCCUCGUCGCGAGCGAUGAAUCCGCCUUCUGGGACACUC